AUGGCGGCAACAAAGUUAAAUCCUUUUACAACUCAUAAAGAGUUCAAUGGUACUACUGGUGCAAUUGCCAUUUCUUUUGGUUUACCUGUAUUGAUUUAUUUUUUUCAAUUAAUAUGUAAUAAUUCAUAUUCAAUCCAAGGGAUUAAUCUUGAUUUAAACAAAGUUAUUGAACAAUUACCUUCAUCUACCGAUGAUUUAAUGAACUUAUUAUUUGAUAAAACUUGUUGGACAGUCUAUCUUUUAUGGUUUUUCAUCUUGGUUGCAUUUGAUUUCAUCUUACCUGGUAAAUCAUUAAAUGGUGUUACUCUUAGAGAUGGUACUUCAUUAAAUUACAAAAUUAAUGGAUUAAGUAUGAGUUUAUUAUUGGUUACUUUAUUAUCUGCUAGGUUAAUUCAACUGGAUAAUUAUUAUUUACCAGAAUUAGAUUUCAUUUAUUCAAAUCAAGCACAAUUGAUCAUGGUUUGUUUCUUGUUUUCAUUUAUUUUGGCUGUUAUAUGCUAUAUCAUGUCUUUUAUUCCAUUGGUUAAACCAAAUGGUUUGAAUACAAGAGACAGAAUUUUGAGUAUUAAUGGAAAUACUUAUAAUCCAUUUUACGACUGGUUCAUUGGUAGAGAAUUAAACCCAAGAAUUGGUUCAUGGGAUAUUAAAUUAUUUUGUGAAUUACGUCCCGGUAUGUUGUUAUGGUUAUUGAUCAAUCUUAGUUGUGCUCAUCAUCAAUAUCAUAAACUAGGCUAUGUUACUGAUUCAAUCAUUGUGGUUAAUUUAUUACAAUCAUUUUAUAUUUUCGAUGGUGUUUUGAAUGAAGAAAGGGUGUUUAACAAUGAUUGA